UAUAUUACUAAAGGAAAUUAUUGGAAACUGAAGAGCAAAAGAGAGAUGAAGAGCAAAAGAAAAGGAGAGAUUGAGAGGUUGACUUCGCCUUUGUAGAGAGAAGGCAAAGGGCUCGCUCCGGCCAACAGAAUCUGAUCAUCAUGGCGGUUACGUUUGCUGGUUUGCCAGAUGGGAAUGAUCCAGAGUUGCAACAUGAGAUGAAUGAUGAGAAACUGCGUAACAACAUAGUGGAAGUUCUGAAAAGAGAUGGUCCUCAGAGAGUUUUGCUGUCUGGUAAAGCUGGGACCGGGAAGACAAGGCUGGCAAAUAUUGUGGGAGAGCAUGUCAUCAAGACCGGCUUGUGCUUUCUGACCAUCUGCUUGCAUCUCAACAGGAAGUUUAAGGAUGAAUGGUCGCUCUACGAGAACAUAGCUUCUCAGCUAUGUGUUUACUCUGAUUUUGAAGAGACUGAAUUGGAUGAUAAUGAUGAGGACGAGGAGGAUGAGAAGGAACUCAAAGACUCUGAUUUGAAGAAGAAGAUAUUUGACGAAAUCGUUAAGCAGAGAAAAGAGAUCGACGAAAAGAUCGAGGAUGAGAGAUUGGAGGAGGCUGCAAAGGCCAAUAAGGAUGCUGGAAACAAGGCUGCGGGUAAAAAAAAAGAUAAAGCAACUGAAGCAGAGACGACGCUGCCAGCUGAGGGUGCCAAGAAAGAUACGCCGUCUUCAGGAAAGCCAUGUAUUCUAUUGAUUCUUGAUGACGAAGGAAACCAAACCAGUGAAGAGGUGGUGAUGAAUACAAUGGGGCUUUGGAAGUUUCUUGUUGAUGAUAUCCUUGAAGAUGUCAACCGUCUCAAGAUUCUUGUUACGAAAGGAGGCGAGGAGCCUACAAAGGCUGCUGUUGUUGGUGACCCAAAGAGUGAGAAUGGAAGUGAAGGGAAAGAGGGAGCAAAGAGUGAGAGUGGAAGUGAAGAGAAAGAUGGAGAAAAGAGUGAGAGUGAAAGUGAAGAGAACGAUGAAGCAAAGAGUGAGAGUGAAAGUGGAGAGCAAGAGGAAGCAGAGAGUGAGAAUGGAAGUGAAGAGCAAGAUGGAGCAAAGAGUGAGAAUACAAUAACUGAAGGGCUAGAGGGAGCAAAGAGUGAGAAUACAAUAACUGAAGGGCUAGAGGGAGCAAAGAGUGAGAAUACAAUAACUGAAGGGCUAGAGGGAGCAAAGAGUGAGAAUAUAACUGAAGGGCUAGAGAGAGCAAAGAGUGAGAAUAUAACUGAAAUGCUAGAGGGAGCAAAGAGAGACAGCGAAAUUGUGCCAGAUGAGGGUACUCAGUCACUGGAAAAAGAUAACAAGGGGGAAAAAACGGACCAAGCCGCGGAGAACGUACAAGAUACAAAGCGUGAUGGGGAAAGUGGCCAGUCUACUAAAGAUGUGUCGCUGGCAGCUACAAAUUCCUAUGACGAUCUAAUCAAUUUCCAUACCACGGAUGUCUCAGAUGAAUUACGUAACUCAAUCCAUGAGACUAACCUGCAGAAUUUUUUUAUGGUUCUUCUCACAAAAGACUACGUGGAGACUUUUGCAGACUACAUAUCUAAGAUUGUGAGCAAAAGCAAGAAUUCGCCAGCUGCAAUCGUCGUGCUAGCCAAGUCCCUAAAGUUGAUUAUUCUAAGCAAAAAAUGUUCGAGCACAGAAGAUUAUACGGUAUUAAAAAAAAAGAUAGACGAGUUUCUCUCAACUGAUCGGUCUAAUUCACCCGAUUUAUGUUCUGCUUCUGAGAGCGCUGUCAAUCCAAUCUUGUAUCUUGCAUAUGUGCUGUUGAAAACCUAUGAUACAUCAAAGGGUGCCAUCUUGGAUUGUUUUUGGCAUAGCUUGGACUUCUUUAAGCAAUGUGGAUGUGUUUACUACCGUGACCUGAUCACACAAUGGAUGCUUGAAGGCUACUUUGAUCCUGUUAGGUCAGUCGAAAAGGCGUACCAGGAAGGUCAUUCUAUCUUGAUGGAUCUUAUAAACCGCGGAAUGCUGAAGAUACAAGAAAACAAUGUGGUGGUACCAGAGAUGGCGAUGAUCAGUUUAAUUGAUCCUCGACGUGGAGGCCAUUUCGGGAGAUCUCGACUUGGAUUUUCUAGGGUCUAUGGUGGUCACAAGGAAAAAGGUAUUGGGAAAAUCACCCAGAUAGAUGAUAUGAUUAAAACCGUGCAAGCAAAGAAAGGAGACAAGGUUACAACGAUUCUGGUUGGUGGAGAUCGUCUGCGUCGUGAAAAUCCUAAAACGUACUUCGAGAAUCUGAAAGAGCUUGAAGUACUUGGUCUUUUUGAACCCACGCUAGAACCUCUUAUCCCGUCUUUUAAGGAUCAUCUCAAACUCCUCCGAGUUCUUGUAAUCAGGGACUGUGAUCUACUGGACAGUAUUGAAGAGCUUCAGACUCUUACAAAGCUGAAUACUCUUGAAGUUUCUGGUGCUAGCUCCCUGAAGGAAAUCACUCCUGAUUUCUUCAAGGCAUUUCUUGAACUUCAAAGUCUUCACCUCUCUGGGCUUAAGAUCACAUCUUCCCCUCUCAGCAUUUCUGAUUUGACGCAACUUCAUUGUCUCAUCAUCAAGGACUGCCAUUUAUUGGAAGAUCUGCCAAACAUACAGGAGCUAGUGAAUCUUGAGGUUGUUGAUGUCUCUGGUGCUCGUGGACUUCAGACUUGUUUCGACAACCAAAAAGGUGACAAGAAAAACAAAAGCAAAAACAAAAACUUUUAUCUUCUUAAAAAACUUCAGCUCCUUGACUUCUCGGAGAGCCAAAUAGAGCGUCUGCCAAUAUUCCAGGACUCUGCGGUGGGCAAGAAGCUUCACUUAUUGACUAGGCUCUUGUUGCGCAAUUGUACCAAAUUGAGAAGAUUGCCUAGUUUGAAGCCCUUGUCAGGUCUCCAAAUUCUUGAUCUUUCCGGCACUACGAGCUUAGUGGAAAUGCUUGAAGUGUGCUUCGAGGAUAAGCCUGAACUCAAAACUCUCAAUCUCUCAGGAACUAAUCUUAGCGAGUUGGCUACCACCAUCGAUGAGCUGUCCAGUCUCAAUGAACUUCUCCUACAGAAUUGCAUCAACCUAGAUGCUAUCCCAAACAUCCAGAAACUCAAAAAUCUCGAAGUCAUUGAUGUUUCCGGCAGUAGCAAGCUGGAGAAGAUUGAGGGAUCAUUUGAGGACAUGUUUUACCUACGUGAAGUGAAUCUGUUUGGAACCAAAGUGGAGACGACACCAGAGUUGCCAAAGGAGAGCAAGAUCCAUUGUGUAAAGAGUAUUAUUCUUGCAGAUGGAAGGCUUUUUGAAGGUAAGGAUUGGGACGAAGUAAGGAACAAAAUGUCAAGUGAGAUAUCUGAGAAUCCUAGCUCCUCUGAUGCAGCAGUUGUUACAUCCCCAGAAAUCUUAGAAGAAACAAGAGAGAUUCAACCAGCUGAACCACGCGCCAGUGAUUGUACUGAGAUGGGAGAUGCCACGCGCAAGGAACGUCUUCUCCAAGUCCCCACAGAGAGGGCUCUAUAUAAGAAGACACUAACAUCACUUGUUGAUUCCGAAAGUCCACAGGAAGUCAUGGAGAUCAAUGAAACUAAUAAGCUGGAUGAUGGCGCACUAGCUAAGGCUGAGUUUGUGUCUUUUGUGGACUGUACUCCUACAAGGUUCACAUCUAUCUUUAACAAGACCAAAGUGGUGAAAGGUUGCUGGCUAAGGAUGUGCUUUGACAUAAAAGACCUUUUCUCUGAUGUGACUGAGGAAAAUUUGAAAUCAUUGGAGACUUUGUCCAUUACAAAUCUUCUAUCAUUGGAGACAAUAAGCUGUGCUGGUAGCUUGGAGAAUCUAAAAAACCUAAGCUUAGAUUGCUGCCCGAAAAUCAAAACGAUUUUCUCAGAGAUGCCUACCAGCCUACAAGUCCUGAAUAUAAAGCAUUGUCAGAACCUGGAGAAAGUUGUUGAAGGAGUCGAAGUGUCAUCUCACGAUAAUUUGACAGUGAAACGUGACAAGUGCCCUAACUUCGGAGUCGUAUCUGCUUGAGUCGUCUUUGCACCAAAUCUUGUCUCUUUUCAACUUCAUCUUAGCAUUUUACACCGCGUGUAUUUGCAGGACUACGUUAUGGUUGAACAUAGUGAUGCAUUACCACCACAAGAAUGAAGAUCAUCAAAGGAGCUGGAGCAAGAUCAACUUACCAAAGUUCUAAGCAUCAUGAUCGUAGCCUUUAAUCAUUUUCGUACUUGUUCUGCGUGUGUCUGAAGCUUUGCGUGUUGAAUAACAACCGGCUUUGAAAUAUCAUCUUACCGGGUUUUUUAUUUACUGUUUUCUGUUUCUGUUUUAAGAUAUAUCCUGCAGUAAAAUCCCAGGCAUAGUGUGUUGUGAUCUUGUCUGGGGUGAAUAAGACCCUUGUUUUGAUUGUUUAUUCUUUUCUCAAACAUUAUAUUUAUUUCUGUUUGAACGUU